AAUAGUAAAAGAAAAAAGUUGUCUAUGGGUUAGUCCACUAAUGGCGUAUCUUCCUUCAACACACGUUAAAACGUCAAAAUGGCUAAGAAAAAAGGCGACGAGAAAGUGAAUCAAACCCCUCAAAGUGACAAUGAAGAGCAGAACUUUGAUGAGGAGCCCGAUUUCGAUGAUCCGGAAGGGUUUGUUGACGACAUUACUGACGAGGAAUUGUUGGCCGACAUCCUAGAACAGAAACCGAAAGAAUCUGACGGUUACGAAAACGUAGUCAUAGUGGACGGGUGUCCGCAGGUGGGCCCUGAACGUCUAGAGAAGCUACAAAGCGUUAUAAAUAAGAUCUUUAGCAGAUCCGGAAAGAUUGUCAACGAGUAUUACCCAACUACUGACAACGGUGUCACUACGGGUUACAUUUUUUUGGAAUACAACAAUCCCCAAAACGCAGCGGAGGCCGUGAAAGCAACCAAUAAUUUCAAAUUAGAUAAGCAGCACACAUUUUUGGUUAACCUUUUUACAGACUUUAAAAAAUAUUCAGAAAUCCCAAAAGAAUGGGACCCACCUUCGCCUCAGCCGUUCAAGGUCCAAUCAGACCUUCAAUGGUACCUGAUGGACCCAGACUGCUAUGACCAAUUCCUAGUUGGUAUUGGAACUGGUGUGGCACUACAGGUGUGGCAAAAUGCUUUGCCUGAACCUGGCUUACUGCAAGAACGGCCGAAUUGGACAGAAACUUAUGCAGUGUGGUCGCCACUUGGCACAUACCUAGCUACAUUCCAUUGGAGGGGUGUUGCCCUUUGGGCUGGACCCAAGUUCUCGCAGUUCCAGAAAUUCUCACACCCAGAAGCUAGGUUUAUCUCAUUCUCUCCAUGUGAGAAUUAUAUUGUGACAUUCUCACCUAGCAGUGAUAGAGGCAAUGAUGACAAGAAACUGAUUAUCUGGGAUAUUAGGACAGGCCAAGAGAAAAGGAGUUUCCCUCCUCCAGAUGAAUAUGUAACAUGGCCAAUUUUCCGAUGGAGCAAGGAUGAUAGAUUCUUUGCGAGAUUAGGUCCCGAUAUGCUGUCAGUAUAUGAAACACCUGGUUUUGGAUUACUUGACAAGAAGUCUAUUAAAAUACCAGGAAUAAGAGAUUUUAGCUGGUCACCCACAGAUAAUGUAUUAGCUUAUUGGGUAGCUGAAGAUAAAGACGUGCCUGCCCGUGUAACUCUUCUAGAAAUACCAAACCGCACCGAAACGCGCUCCAAGAAUUUGUUCUCUGUCGCCGACUGUAAAAUUCACUGGCAGAAGAGUGGUGAUUACCUCUGUGUGAAGGUAGACCGCUACUCGAAGGUGAAGAAAGACAAAAAUGAGAUUAAGUAUUCCGGAAUGUACUACAACUUUGAGAUAUUCCACAUGAGAGAGAAGGAGAUCCCUGUAGACUCAGUGGAGAUCAAGGAGCCUAUUCAAGCAUUUGCUUGGGAGCCAGUUGGGUCCAAAUUCUCUAUAAUUCAUGGAGAUCCAGCCAAUAUCUGUAUCAGCUUUUACCAAGUGAAUACUGGACAGGCCCCCACAUUGCUCAAGAAGUUUGAGAGGAAGCCAUUUAAUCAUUUGUUCUGGUCGCCUAUGGGACAGUUCAUGGUGUUAGCCAAUCUGGGACUGACUGGUGGUGCCUUAGAAUUCUUGGAUACCAAUGAUUUUACUAUUAUGAAUGUUUCUCAUCAUUAUCAGAUGUCUGGUAUAGAAUGGGAUCCGACUGGCAGAUAUGUUGCGACUGGCGUGUCCUCACUCAAGUGCAAAAUGGAUUGUGGCUAUUACAUUUGGUCUUUCCAGGGGAAAAUACUUCGCAGAGUAAUGAAGGAAGGCUUCGCACAGUUCCAUUGGCGGCCUCGCCCGCCCACUCUCCUUACUGAGAAACUACAGAAGGAUAUCAAGAAGAACCUCAAGAAAUAUUACUCGCAAUUUGAGUCUAAGGACCGUAUGCGCAGCAGCAAAGCCAGCAAGGAAUUGGUGGCGAAACGUACGGAGCAAAUGAAGAAGCAUGUCGAGUACAGGGAAGCUAAAACGCAGGAGUGGAACGGGCAGAAACCACGUCGCCUUGAACUGAGGAAUUACGUGGAUACGGACGGUCUGGAUACAGACCAGUCGAACACAGUGGAGGAAGUUGUUGAAUUUUUCGUGAAAGAGGAACAAACCGUCAUCGAGUAGUCGCCAUUGCUCUCACACGUCAGGGGUCGGUGUUAAUACUCCGGCCUCUUUUGAAAACUGGUUAGAACCGGUGGCAAGCAGUUUUGCAGAGAACAUCAACGUUUUGUACCAAAUCAUCAAUAUAAUUUCAAUUUCUUGUAAAUUCACCUUUAUAUUUAGUCACAAAUACGAUUUUAUAAGCAGUAAUCACAUAAUGUUCUUCAAUUUAAGAGUUCGGUUUAUGCAUUAUACAAUAGGUAAUGUUUAUAGAAAUCAUAUUAAAUUUAUAUGUUUCAAACGUACAA